AUGCCGCCAAAGAAGAGUUCUGCUGAAGAAGCGCCUGCAUGGCUCAAGCCUAUCCUGGACAAGUGGGGUGAGCACUUCGAAAGGUUUGACAGGAUUUUCGAGAUUUUUUUACAAAUGCAGGAAACCCAAAAUAUUAUUCUCAAUAAACUAGAAAGUUUAGAGCGUAGGAUCAGUAUGGAGGCCGAUCGCAAUGAAGGUUCCAGGUCGGCCCUUUACAGCACUCUAGUGAAGUUCAAGGCUGAUUCCAGGAUUGUGGAUGAAAAGGCAUGCAUGGAUCACAUGGGUGGGUAUUUCAUUUACAUAAUGGCGAUUUCGCGCGUCAAUGAGAGACGCUCGACUGCUUGGACAGCCGCUGAAGAACGAGCACUUAAAAAUCCGGUGCUUGAAGCUCUGGAUCGCAUGAAGGCAGGAAUGGAUGAAAUGCUAGAACAGAUGAUGCUGAUGAGACGAUCUACAGCAGGCGCCUUACGUGAGUUGGAAGAUGAGUUUUCAUCUUCAUAUGAUGCUUGA